UUCAAUGUUCUGACUUGCUCUAAGAUGAAGGUAUGGAAGUUUGCAGCCAUUGCCUCGAUGCUCCUCAGUUCCAUGUUGUCCAUUUUAGUUUGUAGAGACAUGUUCAACGGAAGCCGGAAAUACAGCCCCUCCCCAUCCUCGCCGUCAUCGCCAUCAAGGCCGUCCUCCUCUUCCUCGUUGCCUGCAGGCCAGCGGAGAUACCCACGGGCCCUGGAGCAGCAUAACUCACUGAUCUCUCAAUACAGCACCUUGUUCGAAAGCUACACCGAAGGCGAAGUCCGCCAGCUGAUCACCGCGCUGGUGGAGAAGUACAGCCAGUCGAUGAACUCCGGGGGGCACGAGCUGGCGCUUUUCCCCAAACCGGGGAACCGUAUGAAGCGGGCCCGAGCCCGGCACAAACCCUGCGCCCUCAAGGAGCUGGAGGUCAGCGUGAGCGAGCUGGGCCUGGGCUUCAUGUCCGAUGAGAUCGUGCUGUUUCGCUACUGCAGCGGCACGUGCAACGCGCCCGGCCAGAACUACGACAUCUCCCUGCAGAACAUGAGGAGCAAGAAGAAGAUCAAGAAAGAGAAAGUAAGGGCCAGGCCGUGCUGCCGGCCCCUCUCCUACGAUGACGAGGUCUCUUUCCUGGACAACAACAACAGGUACCACACCGUCGACAAGCUGUCGGCCAAGGAGUGCGGCUGCGUGUGAAGCAGGGGAAGGGAUCCCGCGAAGUUUGAUGUCCGUAAGGCAGCAUCAGGAGGCCAAGAGCUCGAGGUCCUGGCCAAAGGGCUAUUGCUGCGACCAGCCAGGGGGAAGGGACUGAGAUGGAGCCCAGGCUCCGAGCAGCCAAGAAGGCAACUGGUGACAUGCCUGCCUCGGGUCUGCGGUCAGACUCCAGGGGCAGCCGGGGAACUCUUGAUGCUGGGUCGUGUCCUGCGGCCAGCCCCCCUUGCCAGGAGAUCAAGGAGCCUUUCACCACAUCUGCAGAUGCCUCCGGAUAGGCAUCCGUGGUCCACAGGCCCGUGCGUUGCGAGAAGGAGGGGGCAAGCAAACGGAGAGGUGCGAGGAAACGCUUGCCGCUUUCCUCCAGGGGUGCCGGCAUCGAGUCGCACCAACCUGGUGUCCACAUGUGCUUUGAUGCCUUUUCCCUUUCUUUUUUUUGCACAGUGGGUUGAGGAGGAAAGCACAGCUGGCUCAAUAUUUCCGAGUCCAAAAGAGGGCAGUUGUCUUCACCUCCACAUGCCGUUUCUGGCCGGCCCUGAAAGAAGGGCUCGGGUCAUCAUCCACAUUCCUAACCCUGUGAAAAUUGAGGAAUUUCAAAUCACUCUUAGGGCGGAAAGGUACCCCGCCAUGCACACACAUGCCAAGACCGAUGGAGAGUCAUGCCAGGGUGUGGGGUUUGCAUGGAUGGAACCUUUUCAAUGUAGGGAUAAAUGACUGAACCAUCAGGAAACCUUGUUUUAUAUCUUGAAAUCCUAUCUGAUUUGUUAUUUUAUCAUACACAUACAGUAUAUUCAUGAUCUGUAAAUGUAUAGGAAAUAUAUAUAGAUAUAGACAUAAAUAUUGGUGGAGUUUGCAGAAUUACAGAAUGAUAUCGUUCCUUCCAAGCCACGAUAAGGUCAGUUAAAAACUAUUGCAUGUUUCCGCUCCACCUCUCUCUCGUGCCAUUCGUUUGGGGCAUGACGGGGAUCCUUGUACAUCGCCCCCUCCCCCCAGCCCAGUUGUUUGACUGGAGAAAGGAGGGUGCAGGAGUGGGCUACACUCAGGCAUUGGGCAGUGGCAUGAUUAUCCAUUUUAGCCCGAAAAUUGCAGUGCAGCCUUAGUGUUAACAAAAAUGGGGCAUCCUGAGCAGGUAAGCAGCCUCAAAAAAAAUCACAGCUGCACAAACCAGCCACCUCUUUAUUCAGGAUGCUGCAUUGGGGCAUGGGCUCAUCAAGAAGGAAGUUGCAGCUACCCCUGGUCCUACUGCUUUUGUGCAGCUGUUUCAUCCUGCUGCGAUAAACUUCUAUGCCACUUCUUGGACUGGCUUUCAAGGGCACAUCUGUAGCAGAAUCGCUGGCCCCUCCACUCCAGCAGCCCCGCUGUGCAGUAAGGCUGGGAUUUUUGAGGGAGUUCAAUGGCUUGUCUGAUAUUAUUGGAAUGGUCCCACUGCAUUGAUGUGGGGCCCGUUAUAUGGUAUAAGGAUGCUUAGACCAGCCUGGGGAGAGGGAUAAGUAAUAGCAGUGUUAAAACAGCAUUAUACUAGUGUCCACACUAGGGUUUGCGUUGGUAUAGAUGGAGUUGGCGGGGGGAAAAUCACACGUGAAUGAAAUAGUUAUACCGCUCCAAAAUCUGUGGGGGCUGAGAGGCUCCAAACUGCUUUGGAAAGUCCCGUUCAAUUGAUCUUAGUACCUGGCUCCCUUGGAAAUACCUGGGGUAAAGGCUAAGCCCCAGCUCCCACUUGGCUUCUCGGAGCACGGUGGCUGCUCCAGCUAUGGCUGUCCAUUGAAGGGGAAAAGGGAGAUCCUUGGCAUUCAUACACCACUUUACCUCAGUAGAUUUGUUUUGUUUUGUUUUGUUUUUUGAUGGACAGAUGUUUCGUGGUUCUCUUCUUUACCCUGAUCCAGGUCCCAAUGAGUCUCCUGGGCAUUGGGUUGGCUCCUAAUAACCUUGCUAUCCUUUCUCUCUGCUACUGCCUCCUUCAAUUUGCCCACCCGUUGCAGUGGCUUAUUUCCCACCUUUCCCCUCCUCUGCUUUCGUCUUACGGCUCCGAAUAACCUAACGUUAACUGGAUUGACUCUCGGUUUCUUCUACUGCUGCUGUUGUCAGUCGGCCACUUCAUGCAGCUGGGGCUUCUCCGAGUUCACCUUGUAAAAAGAUCUAGAAACAUUUUGGUGUCUGAGAAGAAGCAUGCGUUUCUGUAAGGACACCUUUUCAGGCCAGAGAUGCUUUUGGCCGUGACAUUGGAAGACCGCGGCAAUACAAUUAGGGCAUGCAUCCGCAUCCUAGUAGUAGAGUGACGGCGCAGACAAGGUUGGG